UAAUAGGGCCCCCGGGCAAUAGGGGAUCAUGGGGCCCCUGUGUCCUUGGCCAAACUCAAAAAAACCUAUGAAAAAGCAUCUCAUGGGGCCUCCUACUGACCCUGGGCCCUUGGGCAGUGCCCGAGUUUCCAAAUGGUCAGCCUGCCCCUGGGUGUGAACCAGGCCUAACUGACAAUGAAAGGGAGAUUUUUUCAUAGAAUUAAAGUGGCUAAUACUUUAUGCUGAGCAAACCCCAUGGGCUCCGGAAGGAUGUAAUGCACCUUCAGAAGGUAAUACA